AAUUGGAAGAAGGUGGACGUGGUUCAAAGAAGCUGUUUAGGUCUGAUCAUGAUAAAUAAAUGAAGGUCGCGUAUCACUGAUUUAUAUUAAAACAGUACGCAGAGAAAACCACUCAAUAAGCUAUAAUUAUUAUGAUUAUUUUGAUGAUGAUGAUGAUGCUUAUUCAUAUUAUUAUUAUUACUGUUGAUGUUUAGUGCAGUGUUAAAAACUGCCAGUUUAAUUUCCACUGAUUAAAAGGUAAAAAAUCAUAGAUGAGCAACUUCCGGGGAGACGGUUCCCAUGGAGACGGCCCGAGCGCCGUGUCAACAUGGGACAGCUGACCUCGUGUCACUGUGGCUGACUUCAGUUUAACUUCGACUCUCUCUCUCUCUCUCUCUCUCUCUCUCUCUGUGUGUGUGUGUGUGUGUGUGUGUGUGUGUGUGUGUGUGAGUGUGUGUGUGUGUGUUCGCCGGACACGACGCGCUGGGGACGGGUCCUUCUCUCCGGGAGGCAGAGACAUGUCGCAAAGGGCUUACAAUGAGUUGUGGGCAGAUGUCCAGCAAGAGUUGGGCCGUCUGCUAACAGAGGAGCUGCCUGCUGAGCCCCCUCUUCCAGAAAAGGACAGAGUAGUGUUCUUUCAGCGCGUGGCCGUGCUUUACAUGCGCUACAUCCAAAUCUUCAGACAGCUGGAGACGAUCUAUGACCAGGUGGUCCACCCUCAGAAGAGACGAGUGAUUCGGGCCAUUCUUGAUGGUGUGAUAGGGAGGCUGUUGGAGCUGAAGAACGAAAUGGUGGAGAAGGAGUUUUCAGAGUAUCACUACAUGGAUGACGUCCUUCAUGACUUAAAGCUCAGACCUGAAGACCUUGAGAUCCCUAUCCCUCGCUAUUUCAUCACUGAAUGUAGCAAAGUACUCCAAGAACGAAAGUCAAUGGUGACAGACAUCCUGAAAAUGGUGGAAGUUACAGCAAGCCCAGAACCUUUAAGGGUCAAGGACAUGAGCCCAGAGGAGGCCAUUAAGAUCAUUCAAAUCGCAGAGCGGGCCCGCCAAGGACGUCUGAGGGCAAAGUUGAAUGAAGAGAGCAGAAAUAUGAACAUGAUGUCCAGGACCAAGGAGUCUGGAACUGCUGCUAUUGACAUGGCUGCAGUCUGCAUUCAGAAGGUGUGGAGGGGCUACGUAGAGAGGAAGAGGAUAAAGAUUGCUCGGGAUGAAGAAAUGAUUUUUCUUGGAAUGACCAUGGAUCCAAAAUACCAGGUGCCGUGCCCUGCAGAAGUCACUGCCCAAGCCAGUGAAGCUUGCACAAGGAUGAAACAGCAGGAGCAUGAGGAAGAAUAUCAAAAGUCAAUCGUAGCGGUUACAAAACAACUGCGAGAUAUAGAGGGUCAUGACAUUAGCAAAACGAUGAAAGACCAAAUCCGGCAGUGGUUCAUUGAAUGUCGUGAUGCUACUGGCUCAUUUCCAGACUACCCUGAUGAAGAGGAUGGAGGCUCCUGUCUCAUUUUUGCAGAAAAGAACCCUCAGCAGUUAAAGGAGGAAAUUGCUGCAAAGGAAGAGGAGGAGGCAAACAACAAACCAAAGGGGAAGGAAGAAAAGACGGAAAAGGCGAAGAAGGUCAAGGGGAAUGCCGAAGAAGAAGAAGAGGAGGCAGGGUUGAAGAUGCUACCUUCGGCUUUUCUGUCAGACUUGGAAGCGGGAAACAAAAACUUUGUAGAUUUUUGGCAAUCCCGCAACGAGUCCAAAAAUUUCAUUCAGAGGCACGAAGUGGAGCUGAUCAAGGAAGAAAAGAGGAAAAUCAUUGAGGCAGAGAUUCGAGUACAGGUGGAUGAGCAGAUGAGACAAGAGCUGACUGAAUGGAAGCUAGUUGUGGAUAAAGACAAGGGUGGUAAGGCCAAAGGAAAUGCCAAGAAAAAGAAAGGAUCCAAGAGUGGAAAAAAGAAGAAAAAGGAGAAGGAUCUGACCGCUGAUAGGACUCUUGAGUCUCUGUGUCAGGAGCUGGUGGAACAGGGCUUGUUGAAAAAGCCCAAAAAUGUUGGGCUGCAGGAUUACUUGGGUGACUAUAGCUACCUUGGGACAACACUGAGGCAAUAUAGCAUCGAGCCCAUGCCGUCAUUGUCAGACGUACGACAAGUCUUAACUCUAUAUGGAAUUUUACCACUAGGCUCUCAGGAGGUUCAUGAGAAGGCUCCUCUGAUAAAGGCCAUCCUACUGACAGGGCCGGCAGGUGUGGGUAAGAAGAUGUUGGUCCAUGCAAUCUGCAACGAGACAGGUGCCAACCUGUUCGAUCUGUCACCUCUGAACACAGCAGGAAAGUACCCAGGCAAGAGUGGCCUUGCCAUGAUGCUUCACAUUGUCUUCAAGGUUGCGAGGCUGCUGCAGCCCUCAGUGAUAUGGAUUGGAGAUGCAGAGAAAAUGUUCUACAAGAAAAUUCCCAAGGAAGAAAAAGAGUUAGACCCUAAGCGGUUGAAGAAAGAUUUGCCCAAGUCCCUAAAAUUGAUCAAAGGGGAAGAUCGUGUUCUGAUAGUUGGAACAACUAAAGACCCACUAAGUGCUGACAUUAAGACACUGUGUAAAAUGUACAGCAAAAUCAUCCUCAUCCCAAGACCUGACUAUGGCUCAAGAUACAUCUUGUGGAAGCAACUGAUCACCAAGCAGGGAGGUGAGGUAACUAAGGCCUUGGACCUCAGCUCUCUUGCAAAGAUUUCUGAUGGCUACACUCCAGGUCACAUGGUCCAGGUGAUCCAGAGCGUUGUCACGAAGCGUCGCAUCAUGCAGCUGGCAAACCGACCCCUGACUGCAGCCGAGUUUGUUGCCCCUUUAGCCAAGAUCGACCCUGUUUUUCAGGAAGAAGAAGAGGCUUUUAAAAACUGGUAUGCAAAGACCCCUUUGGGAAAAAAGAGGAUUAAGGCUGCCACAGGAAAGGAGGAGGAAGAAGCCCCGAUUAAAGGCAAAGAUGCAAAGAAUAAAGGGAAAAAAUAAGUUUGUCGUCGUGUUUUAAUUGUAGCUCAAUGGGUUCCUAUGCAGUAUGGAAAGGUAUGGAAUUUGAUUUGAGUAAUUUCCAGAUCUGGAUAAGUAUGGAAAAAGAAAAAGAGAGAAUGGAAAAAUAGUCUUAACAGACGUGAAUCCAAAUAUUUUAGAUUCCAGCAUUCACACCAACUAGAAAAAGCAAUUUCUUUAAAAAGAAACUAAUUUAUAGUUAUAAGUGUCUUGUUUUUUUAUGAAGGAUUCAUUGAAUAUGAAAGCACAUCACAGGACAAUGUGAGAGAAACAGUGAGCAUAUAUAAAUAGGAUGCAGAAAAAUGAUAUUAAAUAACAUGUAUGGGAAAGAUAAACAUCAAUUCAUAACCUUUCAGAAGCUGGAACCUGCUGAUGUUUGGUAUUUUGUUCAAAGAAAAUGUCUGAUUUGAUAUCAAAAUGGUUGCUGAUUCAUUUUCUAAGAAUAUUAUUUCAUUAUUGUUUAUUUAAAUUUUCGAAAGUAAAGAAGAUUAUUAUUUCUAAAACGGA